AUGUCAUCCUUGAAGAAUGCUAUUCCUAGAAGGGCUCACAAGGAGAGAGCAAACGAGGAAAAAAUUGGGCUGCUUGAGAAACAUAAAGACUAUGUUGACCGUGCUAAAGCUUUUCACAAAAAAAAGGAAGCUUUAAGGAGGCUUAAAGAGAAAGCAGCAUCGAGAAAUCCUGAUGAGUUUUACUUUGGAAUGAUUAAGAGCAGAACAGUUGGUGGAGUUCAUCGGCCACAGACCGAAGCAAACAAAUACUCCCAAGAAGAACUCAUGUUGAUGAAGACGCAAGAUACUGGAUAUGUCCUUCAAAAAGAAAAAGAAGCUAGAGAAACCUGGGAGGAGGCUAAAGAGAUGAAGUCACGAUCUUCACAAAAUAAAAUGACAGCUACUUGUGUAGAAGUCCCUGACAAUAUCAAAAGAAAAAUGGCCUGUUCCUACAGAGAGCUUGAGGCCCGGAAGAACCGAUCAAAGCAGUUGGAGAAAAUAUACAUGGAUAUGGCACUGCAGAAGGAAUUACAGAAAAAGGGACAAAAGCGCAAACUGCGUGAAGAUGAGAUUGAUUGUCCACCUAGAAAACCAGUAUUCAAGUGGCGUCCAGAACGAAAGCGGUGAAAGGAAUGAUGCCGUGAAAGAAGUGAAAUUCCUUCAGUUGGAUUGCCAACCAAGCGUGGCAGUAUAAGCUCCAUGUCAGCUGGAAGAACUGACUGUCCAAUUAAGAGGAUGUUGAUCUCAGCUGCCGGUGCACCUAGGAGUUUUGAUCAUCAUUUUUCAAUCUGAUCUGUGUCACUCCUUUACAUCCAUAAUCCUGUAGUUUUUAACGAAAUAAGAAGCAAGCAAAACAUGCAAUCAGCUCUUAAUUAAGGGCAGCAUUUUGAACUUUUAA